GUUUGGUGGUUUAAAAUCCACAAGGGGUAAGCGGUAUGCUUUAUCCCCUUUCUGCCUUGGCGGUUUAUGGACCCUGGAACCCUGCUCCUGCUGCUCUUGCAUGCAAUGCUCCUGAUCGAGACCUGGGCCUGGCCCCCGGCCCCUACAGGAACCACCUCGGACCGAGCACCCGCGUCCUCCCCGCCCCCAGGACCCCACAGCCUGAGAAUCGUCACCAGCUCCGUGUCUGAACCCGGUACCUGGAGGUCCAAGUACAUCGGCAUCGGCUACGUGGACGACAUAGAGGUCGCGCGGUUCGACAGCGAAGCUUUGAGUCCGAGGCUGAAGCUGGACGUAGAGAUCUUAGAUGACCCGCAGAGGGGCCGCCUCACGCUAAAAAUCAAGCAACACGAACAGAUGAGCAGAGCGAACCUGAACAACCUGCGCGCCCACUACAGCCAGAGCGAGGACGGGUCCCACACCUUCCAGGAAAUGACCGGCUGCGUCGUGGGGUCGGACGGGCGCUUCUUCCGCGGUUUCAGUCGGUUCGCCUACGACGGCUCCGACUACAUCGCCCUGAACGAGGACAUGCGCUCCUGGACUACACUCACGGGGAAGGACACAAAGAUCCUAACGCUCCCCAGGCGCAAGUUAGUGCACCUUCCUGCUGCGGAGCGACAGAGGAUCACCCUGGAGGACACGUGCGUGCAGUGGCUCCAACUCAUCCUAGAGAAGGGGAAAGAAACCCUGCUACGAGCAGACCCACCAAAGACACACGUGACCCACCACCCCAUCUCUGACCAAGAGGUCACCCUGAGGUGCUGGGCCCUGGGCUUCUACCCUGCGGACAUCACCCUGACCUGGCAGCGUGAUGGGGAGGACCUGACCCAGGACAUGGAGUUUGUGGAGACCAGGCCUGCGGGGGACGGGACCUUCCAGAAGUGGGCAGCUGUGGUCGUGCCCCCUGGACAGGAGCAGAGAUACACAUGCCAUGUGCAGCACCAGGGGCUGCCUGAGCCCCUGACCCUGAGAUGGGACCCCGCUCCUCAGACCACCAUCACCAUCGUGGGAAUUGCUGCUGCCCUGUGUCUCCUUGGAGCUGUGAUCGCUGCAGCUGUGCUGUGGAGGAGGAAGAGCUCAGGCAGAGAAAGGAAAAGCUACACUCAGGCUGCCUGCAGUGACAGUGCCCAGGGCUCUGAUGUGUCUCUCACAGCUCCCAAGGGCCAGUGUGUCAGCUGGCACCCAGAACAGGGACCUCAGGAUUUGGGACCUGCUUUGACCCAGAGUCUAUGAGCCGUUGUUAUGGACAACACACCAACUUGGUAGCAGUACAAACACAUUAGCCCAGAAAAAAAGAAUUUAAAUAAAAGUAUUGCUUUGCUUGAA